AACUUGAACCAUUCCCAAAACGAUCAUGAACGUUAAAAGCAUCGUCGGUAUCCAAGUACGCUAGUUGCUAGGUCUUCUAUACAUAGUAUACAUACGUAUUUAAAAGUUAAAACUUUCUUCUUUCAUGAGCAUACUGCAAUAAUGCAACUGAAUAAGUAACGAUAGGACAGAUUGGCUAGAAAUAAGCAUACAUUCGUACAUGAAAAAACAGUAAUAAGUAAAAGUACAAUGCCAAAUAAUAUUCAGAUGUUGCAUUUAGCAACCCUGAAACUAGAAAAGCUUGAUAUAAUGCGAAAAAAACACGUGGAGCACGACAUUAUAAAAGGUGUGAAACACUAAAUAAUAGUUAUAGUAAAUAUAGUUAUAGUAAUACUAAGUAAAAGAGUAUGUCCUGGCUAAGUAACUGAUUGACUGACCAACGAAACAAAAAUAAACCGCUGUAUUAAUAAUUUAGUAUUUAUAGUGUCACGUAAAAAAUCAUAACAAAUAGUGGAAAAUGGAAUUCAAAAUGAAACCACAACCUGAAGAGAGGAAAGGACACACAUACGUCCAAUGGAUUGUGGCAAUCAUCGCAAACUCCUCGCUUUUAACCUACGGUUUGCAAGCCGGAUGGAUCUCGCCCAUGACAAAAGUGCUGCAGUCUAAUGCCUCACCAGCGGGUCCGCUAUCUGACUAUAGUAUGGGUAUAGUGGCCAGCCUCAUGCCCAUUAGUGCCCUGAUAGGGGUACCGAUGUACGCCUACAUAGCUGACAAGUAUGGUAGGAAAGCGGGGAUAAUGUGUGUCACAGUUCCACACGCGAUAUCCUGGUUACUCAAACUAUGUUGUCCAAACACUAUCACUCUCAUCAUAGCACGGGUAUGCAGCGGUAUAGCGGCUGGGGGUUGCUUCAACGUCAUCCCCAUGUACACCAAAGAAAUUAGCCAGGACAACAUAAGAGGACUUUUAGGCUCUCUUUUGAUAUACUUUCAUAACCUGGGGAUAUUCCUCAUGUAUGUCUUGGGAGCUUAUUUAGACUAUUAUACCGUUUUGUACAUAGUAGUUGGAGGUCCGUUCCUAUCGUGUUUAUUGAUAAUGAUGUGUCCUGAAUCUCCUGGGUUCCUGGUUAAGAUCGGGAAAUUUGACGAUGCAGUGAAGGUGAUAGCAAGCCUACGAGGUCUCAACCAUAACGACAGUUCCGUCCAGAAAGAGGUGGACUCAAUGCGGAAGGAAGAGGAAUAUUACAAGACAUUACCAUCAUUGUCUAUGAUGGUUAUAAUGAAGAACCGCGCUUGGCGCAAGGGCUACAUCAUCGCAAUGCUGAUGGUAUCAGUUCAGACUUUUAGCGGUAACUUCGCUGUGGUGACAUACGGAUCCACAAUCCUGGGGGCUGCGGGGGCGCAGUUGGACGCUGAGCUACUUUCCAUCAGUUUCCCGGCCAUCAUGAUGAUCGGGUCCACUGUGUCUAUUAUAGUCAUGGAGAGAAUUGGCAGACGGGUGAUUCUGGGCUCCUCGUUCACCGUGGCCGUUUGCUCACAAGUCUGUCUGGCGACGGUACUGCUGCUACAGCACCUUGGCUUCAGCGCGUCGGCCUGGGUACCGCUGCUGGCUAUCGUCGCUUCGAUGUUCGUGUACGCAUUUGGCGUGCUGCCCGUCCCUUAUAUCUUUAUGACGGAGUUGUUUAAUAUUCAGAUUAGAGGCAAACUUCUAAGUAUGGUCACGGCCCAAUCGUGGCUCCUGACUUUCAUCCAGCUGGCCGCCUUUGCCCCGCUCACGAAUGCCUGUGGCAUGUACACUACAUUCUACAUCUUUGCGGCUGUCAACCUCUUCGGUGCUGCUUUAGUCCUGGUAUCGAUGCCAGAAACAAGAGGAAGGAGUGGAGAGGAAAUUGAAGAAAUGCUAAAUAAAUAAUUUGUAAUUUUGUACAGACGAAUGGUUUUUAUGUGUAAAUAUAUUAUAAUAAAUAUGAAUAAAAGCCCUUUA